CAACCACGUCGUAGAAUGGGAAAAAGCGGGUUGAUGAUAGAUUCAAAUUAAAUUUUGUUUCUUACUUAUAGAGACUUUUUCAAAGAAAAAAAACCCAAAAAAUCUUCUGUUUUAAGGAUAAUUUAUUAGUAUUAAGUAUUCGUUUUUUAUUCAUGCCAUCAAAACUUGUGACAAUUGAAGGGAAGCCUACAGAACGGACAACACCACCCAAUUUAAGAUACAAGUCCUACCUAGAUGAAACAGUAGCAGUCCCGGAGCUGUUGGAUAAUUUACCAGCUAAUACUACUGCUCUGCUUAAUUCACAAAAAGUACUCCAGUGCCGUGUCUACAACAAGGGUCUACCAUCGAUCAAGUGGUUCCGCCGUAUCAAUCUCAACAACGCGUUGGAUGAUCACAGUUUCAAUCAGAACCAAUCGAUUCGUUAUCUGGAGAACUUUUAUGAACUGUUGCCUUCAGCGGGGGAGAAACUCUUAUCGGAAGAUAUCUAUUUAAGCAAACUGAUCCUGCCAAGCGUCUCAGAGCGAGACAUCGGUAUUUAAGUGUGCAUCGGAAUUAACUAUGGCGGGGUCAAUACGGCAGACGCCUAUGUCAAUGUGGUCCAUCCGAAUGGUGUGACGGUCGGUACUCAUGAAACAGCGUCAGACAGACGAGCCAUCGGGUCGAUCGCUUUGAAAACGGAUUCGAUAACUGUUGAG